CCAAACCCUCAUUUCACCGAGCACCUACGCAAGCUAAACACGAGCAAAGCUGCACAAAACUCGACUCCCCGGUCAAGCAGCCACGCCAGCCAGAGCGCGCCGCACCCCCACCUCGCCGCCGAGCACUUAGCACACGAGUCGGCCGGCCAUGGAGGUGGAGACGUUCCCGAUCGGGUUCACCAAGGGCGUGCGCGCCCACUGGCGCCGCCGCAAGUACCAGCGCCUGGAGGCCGGCGAGGGCGGCGGCAGCAGGUCCCAGGGCACGCAGCGCCUCGGCGGCGCGCGGCGCGUCGGGUGGCGCGUGCGGCUGCGGGGGCUGCUCCUCAGGCGCGCGCGUGCCGUCCGCGCGAUCGUGACGGCGCCGAGGAGGCUGCUGGCGCGCGCGCGGGACGCGUACGUGGGCGGCAUGCUGGCGGUGGCCCGGAAGGCGUCGGCCACGGCGCUGCCCGGCGGCGGGCCCGAGGGGAUCUGGGCCAGGCGCGUGCCGCGGCGGAAGCAGCUGCCCUCGGCGAAGGCGGCGCGGGCGUCCGAGUUCGAGCAGCGGCUGGUGAUGGAGAUCUACAAGUCCAUCGUGGCGUCCAAGGAGCUCACCACCAUGCUCCACUCCUCCACCGCGCACCUGCAGCCGCCGCCCUCGCGCGCCUAGCUUUCCCAAGGCGGUCGCUACUGGCAACCGGAUGGAAGCUGGGAUUUUUUUCUCUUGCAGCCGUCGGCCAGCACAGCUGCAUGUACCACAUCAUGUUGAUCGAUGGAUGGAUGUGAAGCGAGGUUUUUCAAGAUGAUCGUCUCCUCUCUCUCUCUCUCUCUCGGCAGGUGCUGCUACGAAGCGGUGGCACUGCGCAUGAGUUGCACUGUAGUAACUUGUUGUAAGAAUUGUAGAAACCAAUCUUGAUUAAGCUGUUCAAACAAUUUGGUA